AAAACGGCGGACAAAACGAAUUGCUACGCUCUGUAGACUGUUGUUAUUUUUAAAGAAAUACACUGAUUCACAACUUAGGCGCCUCGAUAUAGAGAUUUAUUUCAGGAUUUUACAGCAGCAGAUGGACUAUGAAAAUAUUGUUCAUACAUUUUGGGAUUAUUAUGCUGUUCCUUGUCAGCGGAACAGGAGCAUUUUUCUCAUGGAUUUUUGGAAGCUCGAAGCAGAAGGACCCGACGUCAGCGGAGACGACCGGGGCGCCCGUCGGCCCCGUACCGUUCGAGGUGAAGUCUGCAGAUGAAAAGUUUUUGAGCACGGGAAGUGAACUCUUGGCUGGACUGUCUGAGCUAGAUGUUUGUCACCAUACUGUGGUCUACGAGCUGAAGGGUUCCUGCAAUGAGAUGUCCGAGGAGGAGCUUGCUAAGCUAGGGGUGCGGCUUCUUAACUGUCAAUCAGCAGCAGAGGGACGGCCCACCUAUAGGUGCACCCAUGAAAUGACAGUAGCUGAGUGUACCAAGAACAUGGACCCUAACACCUGGAAUGCCUAUCAUAUCGUGAGCAACCGAGCCAGGUCCGUGUGCUAUGCGGUGCGACAGCAGCAGUUUCAGAGGCAGACACAGUUUGCAGUCAAUCAACUGGCAUCGAGCGCUGAGGGACAGCUACAUCUCAUGCAAGACCUCAAGAACGGUCAAGAAGACCUGAACUCCAUGGCAACGGAUACCUUUCACACCAUCUCCGAGGGUCAAGAGAAGCUGGUCAAGAGCCAGGAGAUGAUCGGUAAUUCCCAGUCCAAACUUCGCCUGACCGUUGAGAGUAACAUGCGGGAUCUGACCAGAGAGAAGGCCCUUAUUGCAGCGGGACAUCAAGAAUUAGCAGCUAUGACAAGUAACAUCAGGAAACAAUUAGAUGAAGCCACUCAUCAGCUGCUGGAACAGGAUAUCCAUCAGGCCAAUAAACACCAAGAAGUCUUAGAAGAUCUCUCCAGUCUAAGUCUCCUAGCGAAGGAUGUUUGGAACAAACUAGAUCAUAACAUGGAGUACAUGCACACGUAUCAAGAAGAGACUGCUCAGCACUACCACCAGACACUUGACAACCUCAAGAAGAUGAACAACACUAUAGAGUAUCUACUGCAUGUCAUGGAAGAGAUGCAGAAUGAGAUCAACCACCAACUAGGCUGGGUUACUCAACUGCUAACAUGGACAGGUGAAAACAUGUCAUUGCUUGUCACGUGUGUCCUCCACACCUGUUACUUCUUCAUGGCUGCUGUACUGUGCUCCUUUCUCAACACACCAACCUUCUCUCGUCUUGUUCUCCUGCUGGUGGUACCACUCAAUGCUGCAGCCGAGAUAAGGCAGGGCACCAGUCUCGAUUUCCCAUCUCUGUCCUUCUUCAUCACUUCAGUGGUUAUGGCUAACUGGGUAGCAUUGUGGCUCUCUGCUUGGAGACAUAGAGGGCGUGCUCCGAUAAGCCCUCAUACGCUCUACCUACCAGACCUGUCGUGUAUCAAUGGAUCCCCGCCACGAGAUUUGACGUAUGAACCCCAUAGCUUCGGCGAUUCAGAUUCUGGAUUAUCUAGCAAUAGAAGACUUCACUCGACGGGAUUUACGAGCAUGCUAUCAGCAGAGUCCACUAGAAACAUGACCAGUCUACUGAGUAGCACAAGACAUCACUCCACUUUGAAAGAUACUGAUGGUGGAUUUGAAGAUGAUGAAAGUGAUUCAGAUGUCUUCAGUAGUGAUCAGGAUGAUGAUAAUACCAUCAAUCAAACUUCAAACAGGACAAUGACUGUGACCAAUCUCAGUGUGAACCCUGACCCGACCCCAGAGGCCACACCCAUGCCUAACGAAGAGUCAGGAUCAGGUCAUCUGAUGGACUUUGGUAACCUGACCAAUGCUGUAGCCAAGAGACAUCUAGGUGUGGCCCUAGAGCAGGUGCAGGCAGCAGCUACACCAGAACGGAACCCAAGAGGGCGCCGAGAGGGCACCCCUGGAAGCUCUCGAUCAUCUUCACCAAGCCGUCGCAUGUGCAGUGGUUAUACCAAGGCAGGGUUGAGAUGUCGACUGACAUGCGCUGGUAAAGAGGACUUCUGUUUCAGGCACAUCGUAUCCCACGGCAGUGCUCCUACUACUCCUAUCAAGACAUAGUGAAAGAUUCAUCUCAUUCUAAGGUUUGUUUCAACGAUAAAUGAGUUUACUUGCUUAUAUUCUUCAUCUUGAGUACUGGUAAUGGAAUCAUAUUAAGAGUCCUGGGAACUGGCUUGAAGUGUGUCAGACUUCUUUUGAUUUGUUUUGUUUUAUUUUUGUCUUUGUGACUGAAAUUUUUUACAACGAACUAACAUUAUCUUGCUGGAAAUCACAUUCAUUGACAGGCACAGCUCACAAAAUUUAACCAAGGCCCAGUUUCAUCAAACUUGUUAUCAAUAACAAAUGCUAAAUUUCUAUGACAAAUUUGCUCUCAGCCAACAGUAAAUGCCACAGUUUCAGUAGCUUAUAACAGUAAUUGUAAAUUGUUUGAUGAAAGAGGGUGUAUUAGUUGUAAGAUUAUUUACAAAUCAUGAAGAGUGUAGUGUAAUGUGUAUUGUGUAUAGUAUGUAUUAUUGUACUAGCCAUUGUUAACUACAUGGGCACUUAUAUGUUAUAUGUUUUAUGCACAUAAGAGCUAUAUUAUCAAGGCAAUGAUUUUCCCUGCUAACUGAGAAGAAGUCGUAAAUAGUGAAUUGUAUGCCUGCACUUUUCUACCAAUCACUGAGGCCUAGAAUCCUACAAGUUUUGUUGUUCCUUUUUUUGUGUGAAAUAUUACAUCAUGAUUUAUAGACCAUUCAGUUAAAGGGAUAGUUGA